AUGGCCUACCACCACGAGCGGUCCGGUUAUGUGGACAACCUGCGAGACAAUCAAUGGCUGUUGUUGUUUAGGGCAACACACAUGUUGAACAAGCAGCAGGAGCUACCGGGACAGAUGGUGUACUCCUUCCUGCUUGGCCAUGACGAAGCCAUCAAAUCACACAAGUACAUCACGCUGCUAUGGGUUCCAUUUCACAUCGCACUUGUCGAACAGUUUUCAGAGCUUGGCUACCGCCGAAGAGACAAUGUUGUUGACAUAUCUAAGAAUGCGCAAGGUGCCGACAAUAUUGUGGACAAUUGA